UUCGCCCCGGAAGUGGUUCCGCGGCAUUGGUGAUAGGGUCGGGCCAUGGUGGGGCAGAGGUUGGGAAGAUGGCGUGGCGAGGCUGGGCACACAGAGGUUGGGGCUGCGGCCAGGCGUGGGCCCUACAGGUGGGCGGCCACAUCUGCGAAGAGGUCACCACGGUCCCGGCCCCGCCGCGACUCUUCGGACGCCGGUUUAACUUCUUUAUUCAGCAAAAAUGCGGAUUCAGAAAAGCACCCAGGAAGAUUGAAUCUCGAAGAUCAGACACAGGGUUGAGUGGUGGAGCCCACAAGAGAAGUGCUUUGAUUCCUCCCGUGGAAGAGACGGUCUUAGAACCUUCUCCCUAUCCCAUAAGGACUCUGCUGAAACCUUUUGUUUUCACUGUUGGGUUUACAGGCUGUGCAUUUGGAUCAGCUGCCAUUUGGCAAUACGAAUCGCUGAAAUCCAGGGUCCAGAGUUACUUUGAUGGGGUAAAGGCUGAUUGGUUGGAUAGCAUAAGACCACAAAAGAAAGGAGACCUCAGAAAGGAGAUUAACAAGUGGUGGAAUAACCUAAGUGAUGGCCAGCGGACUGUGACAGGUAUCAUAACUGCAAAUGUUCUUGUAUUCUGUUUAUGGAGAGUUCCUUCUCUGCAGCGGACAAUGAUCAGAUAUUUUACAUCCAAUCCAGCCUCAAAGGUCCUCUGCGUGCCGAUGUUGCUGUCGUCCUUCAGUCACUUCUCCCUGCUCCACAUGGCGGCAAACAUGUACGUUCUGUGGAGCUUUUCCUCCAGCAUCGUGAACAUCCUGGGUCAAGAGCAGUUCAUGGCAGUGUACCUGUCUGCAGGUGUUAUUUCCAAUUUUGUCAGUUACGUGUGUAAAGUUGCCACGGGAAGAUAUGGACCAUCACUUGGUGCAUCGGGCGCCAUCAUGACCGUGCUGGCUGCUGUGUGCACCAAGGUGCCAGACGGGAGGCUCGCCAUCAUCUUCCUGCCCAUGCUCACCUUCACGGCCGGCAGCGCCCUGAAAGCCAUCAUUGCCUUGGACACUGCAGGAAUGAUCCUGGGCUGGAAGUUCUUUGAUCAUGCAGCACAUCUUGGGGGCGCCCUCUUUGGAAUAUGGUACGUCACCUAUGGCCACGAGCUCAUCUGGAAGAACAGGGAGCCGCUGGUGAAGCUGUGGCACGAGAUGAGGACUCAGGGCCCCCGGAAAGGAGGCGGCUCCGAGUGAAGCCCACGUGGAUGUUCUGGUGCAUGACUUCACCGCGGGCGGGCUCCCGGGCCUGGAGGGCCGCCUCCUGUCCUGUCCUGCCUGGAGGGCACCCGGCACUGCCACCGCUGCCUCUGCUGCUUCGGCCUCUGGACCGUGUCCCUCUUGGCUCUGGAUGCAGGUGGCAGAGCUGUGGAAUAAAGGUUUCUGGCCCUUUUGCAA